UGUGAGAAACAGGCUUCCUCUUAUCUUUCUGGUGCACGCAGUGGAUUUAUCAGGAUUGCUCAGCUGUGCACUUACUACUUCUCACACAGCUGGCCAGCAUUCAGCUUUGGUUCUCAUUCUGCAGAGGAGCGAUCUGAGAGUGGGUGGAAGAUGAUUUCCCUCCGGCUCAUCCUUCUCCUCGUCUUCCUCCCUCUCGUCACUCCAACCUGCCCUGAACCCUGCCAGUGCGCCUCCACUCUCAUUGACUGCACGGCAAAAGAUCUUAUGGACAACAACCUCCCCGCCUCCUUCCCCCCCUCGACCACCAAGCUCUACCUCAACCAUAAUAAUCUCAACUCCAUCCCCAACGGGCUCUUUGACAACCUGAAAGACCUCCAGGUGGUUCACCUGUGGGCAAACCCCUGGGAAUGUGACUGUCACAUCCUCUACCUGCGCUCCUGGCUCCAGUGGCAGCAGAACCGGAGCUUUUACAGGAACGUCAUGUGCUCUUCCCCCUCCCAUCUUCAAGGCAGGAUCAUCAGCUAUUUGUCGGAGGAUGAGAUCAUUUCCACCUGUCAGUACUGGUACUGUGGUGUGGCGCUCAUCUCUCAGAUGUGCCUUUUCAUCUUCCUCCUCGUGCAAGCAGUUCUGCUUCUCCUGGUCAUCGUCUACCUGCGUAGAAUCCGAAGGAUAGCCAAGGAAGCUAGGCGAACGGUCACCGAGUUCGACGAACGGGAAGAUACGUGGUCGACUCAUUCCCGAAAGGGUGCAGACUGAUCAAUGGGUUGGAUGUGUGGGAGAAGAGGGGCGGGGGGAGUUCAGCAGAAGUCCACAUUUGGAUGAGAUUGGCUUUGUUUCAGUAGUUUUGAAAACAAAAAUACACAAUAUUCAGGUUGUGUGUGUGUGUACAC